AUGACUUGUUUGACUGAAAAAUGGUUGAUUUUGCAUCUUUUUCUAUUGGCUGCAUGCUAUAUGCAACGUUCUUGUGCCCACGGAGAAUCACCUCAAGUGAAAUGCAUUUAUGUAUUUAGUGACUCCAUCUCUGACAAUGGGAACAACAACAAUCUUGAUACCCAAGCAAAAGCUAAUUACAAUCCAUAUGGCAUCGACUUUCCAUCUGGUGCAACCGGACGAUUUACCAAUGGACUUACAACAAUUGAUUAUAUAGGUGAAUUACUUGAAGUCGAGGAUUUCAUCCCACCUUUCGCAAACCUUGGUGACUCAGACAUACGUAAGGGUGUUAAUUAUGCAUCGGGCGCAGCUGGAAUUCGCAAUGAGUCUGGCAAACAAUUGGGUGAUAUAAUCCCCUUAAGACAACAGAUAAAAAAUCACAAGACUAUAGUUUCCAAAAUAAUCAAAGAGCUUGGAGGUGAGUCUAAAGCUAAAGAAUAUUUGAAGAAGUGCUUAUAUUAUGUAAAUAUUGGCAGCAACGAUUACCUAAACAACUACUUCAUGCCCAAAAUAUACCCGACAAGUCGCAUUUAUAACCCUGAACAGUAUGCUGAAGUUCUUAUCAAACAAUAUUCUCUUGAUAUGAAGGAAUUGUAUAUUCUUGGGGCAAGAAAAUACAUACUAGUUGGGUUGGGCCUAUUAGGUUGCCUUCCAAAUACCAUUGCUAAGAAUGGGAAUAAUGGAUUAUGUGUUGAAAGCCAAAAUGCUGCUUCUUUAAUAUUUAGUGAGAAGCUUAGAUCUCUAGUGGAUAAAUUCAAUGGCAAACUUCAUGAUUCCAAGUUUAUCUUUGUAAAUAGUACUGCUGGCCCAGUAGAAAGCACACCAGCAUUUACAGUUACAAAUGCUCCUUGUUGUCAAACAAGGCCUGAUGGGAUGUGUGUUCCUGAUUUAAUACCGUGUCCUAAUAGAGAUGACCAUGUUUUUUAUGACGCAAUUCAUCCAUCGGCAGCAUUUAACAAGUACACUGCAUUAACUUCCUAUGAUAGUUCUAUUAGUCCAGAGACAACCCAUCCAAUUAGUAUCAAAGAACUUGCUCAAUAUCCUAUAAACUAG